CAGUUUCUCAAGGUGCUAGGUAAAGGGUGCAUGGGCAAGGUAAGAAGCAAUGAUAAUGUUAUUAUAGAGCCAAUUACCCACGUUUCACAACCUUCACCAUCCACAACAAAAUAUACACACGCACACAUCUCCUACUCCCACUUUCUAGAUACACCAAAUGGGUAUUUUUGGAGCUGAAAGAGAAAGUUUAAAAAACUCUAGGUGCUAUUGGUUCGAUCCUAUCGGUCGCCUACCCGGUUGUUGGCAUUGAAAGCCAUCAGCAAAGAAAAUGUAAUCAAUCAGCGCGAGAUUGAACACACCAAGAUGGAACGCGAUAUUUUGACGACGCUUGCUCAAAUUCGGCACCCGUUUUUAAUCCGAUUACAUCAUGCGUUUCAAAGUGCGGACCAGUUAUUCCUGGUGCUAGAUUAUCAUCGCGGAGGCGAUAUGGCUACACAACUAGCCAAGUUCCAUACAUUUUCUCCGGAACGAUGUCGGCUCUAUGCUGCGGAGAUUCUGCUAGGUCUUCAGGAGCUCCAUAGUCUGGGGAUCUUGUAUAGGGAUUUAAAACCCGAAAACAUCCUGUUAGCAGCAGAUGGGCAUAUUGUACUUACCGAUUUUGGUCUUUCGAGGCAAUUUCCGUCAGCCGAAAACAUGGAUGACAAACGCACCAGGACUUUUUGUGGAACUGCUGAGUAUCUUGCACCCGAGAUUCUCAGGUCUGAGCCCUACACGUACGCAGUCGACUUUUGGAGUCUUGGCACGAUACUCUACGAAAUGGUUGAAGGUACACCGCCAUUCUACGAGACCGCACAUGCCGAAAUGUAUCGACGAAUCAUGGAGGACGAUCUGGAGUUCACACCCGCGUUUGAUCCAAUCACAAGAGAUUUUAUCAAAGGAUUGCUACGCAAACCAUCCUCCCAGCGCCUGGGAACAGGUCCUAAUGGACCCACUUUGAUUCGAUCGCACCCUUAUUUUGCUGGUCUUGAUUGGUCCGAUGUGUACCACAAACGGAUCCGUCCCGAGUACGUUCCUCAGCUUCGUUCGGAAACCGAUUUAAGCAACUUUGACAGGGACUUUUUGGUCAUGACACCACGUCUCAGUCCUGUAUCAAACCCCGAUAUUUACUCGGAUGCCGUCCAGGAAGUCUUUCAAGGCUAUUCGUAUAUUAAUGACAGCAGCAAUUUCACGUAUUCGCUGAUAAGUGGUGACGACAACGACGAAGAUGAUGACGACGAUAUAAUUCGUCUGGACGGUGACCGCCGUCGGUCCGUCGGCAUCUAUUCCGAUGAUUAUUCUGGCAGCGACAUUCGACCCGAUGAUUUUCAUCCAGGAAGCCGCGACGAUGAAGGAUUUUCAACUGUUACUCCUCCUCAUCACCAUCCUUAUCCACAAACCUUAUUCUAACAACCUCCCCUGUUUGUUACCCUCAGCAUAGCAUACUCUAUUCCCACUCAGCCCAACGCGAUCGCACGUUUCUUCAUUUACGUAUACAUUUAUCACAGACACGGCCACAUAUACAAAAUACACACACACACACACACACACAUUCAUACAUAUAUCAGAUAACAAAACAUUAUAACCCCUUCAUAUUGUUGAAAUG